AUGGACAUGACCCGCGACCCACUGUCCGCCUCGCCCCCCGAUGCCGAGCGCCCAGACGCCUCGAUAGACGUCGCUCACUCGCUCGAGUACUGGAAUAGCGUCUCGGCCGACGUGAACGGCAUGCUUGGCGGCUUCCCCCAGACCACGCGCAUUGAUUUGCAAGGCUCGUCCAACUUCCUCACAAAGCUGCGCCGCGGCAGAGCCAGUGCUGCCUCCAAGGAACCCCUGCCGCCUCUGCAGCGUGUAGCCGACUGUGGCGCGGGUAUCGGCCGCAUAACAAAGGGUUUGCUGCUGGGCGUGAGCGAAAAGGUCGAUGUUGUGGAGCCCGUCAAGAAGUUUACCGACGAGCUGGUGCAAAGCAUAGCCAGCGAGGAACAAAAGGGGGGAAGAGGCCAGUUGGGUGAGAUCAUCAAUCUCGGUCUACAGGACUGGAUACCAGAGCCUGGCGCGUACAAUGUCAUUUGGAACCAGUGGUGUCUCGGACACUUGACCGACGCACAGCUAGUUGUCUACCUCGAGCGCUGCAAGCAAGGGCUCAAACCAGCAACAGAAGGCCAGGAUACAUUUAGAAGCUGUAUCAUUGUCAAGGAAAACAUGUCGACGGACAUCAAGCAAAAGGAUAUCUACGACGACGAAGACUCAAGCGUCACACGGUCCGACGCAAAGUUCCGUAUGCUCUUCCAACAGGCUGGCCUGAAGAUUGUUGCCACAGAGCAGCAGAAAGGCAUGCCGAAGGAGUUGUUCCCCGUGCGUAUGUACGCACUCAGAUCGGAGUGA